UCAACUGAUUAACGUUGGUUUGAGAAGUCCGAGCAAAUAAACCCAACACAAUACAAAAACAAAUAAUGAGUUUUAAAAGAAUUUUCGUGGAACAUCUUCAAUAUUUUUAUUACGAUUUAUCAGACGACUCAGACAUAUCACUAACCCGCUAUAAUUAAUGUUUAUAGUGGGAAUUAAAUUGACGAUCUCGAAUUUGUUCGCGAAAUCUACCUUACCUGGUUGAGGCCAUACCAGGGUUCUUAUCUACUUAUCUUUCAUACGCAAUACUUAGUUGCCUGAGAUAUGGAAAUAGUGGAGAAUUUGAAGAUUUUUCGUGAUAGAUUGAAUUAUCAUGAUGUUUUGUAUUGUUUUGUGUCCAGCAGUACCUAAUCCGAUCGCAAAAAACGUAGGGGUGAGUAGGGUGCAACAAAUAUAAUAAAUGUCUAUACCGGAAACCAACGCUGAGAUUAGGAUAAUUAUAGAACCAUUACCUCCAGAACCGAACCAAGUGCAGGAUCAAGCGAAGAAUGAUACACCGGUAGAAAUAAACAAUGCCCCUCCUGAAAGGAUCACCCAAGUCUUAUCAGGCAUGCAGCAGGCCUCUGAGAUCACAAGCCUACCAACACCUCCUCAAAAUAACCAACAUUCUUCACAGUCUGCGAACUUACCAUUGAGUCCUCCCCCAUACUCCGAACUUCCAAUAUUUACAAUACCAACGACGAAUCAUGAAGGAUUGAUAUACGACCCUCCACCUCCCUACGACCCCACGAUGAGACGUGAAGCCUUCGACCCUAUAGAUUUCCCCUAUCAGGGUUACCAACAGAAUAGAACGUCGUCGAGGUUUGAAUGCAAGCCGGAUACUCUAGUGCCUCUAGGAUUUUGCUACUGCACAUUGGAACAAUUGAUCGUUACCUUAGCUAUUUUGGGAACCUUUUUGUUCUUAGGUUUAGGGCGGAUUUCUUGAAGUUGUGGAUAGUUUUGUUACUUAAUUUUAGGAAUUAUAUCUCACCUGUUAUAUUUUUUAUAUUUUAAAAUCGACUGCCAGAGCAAGAUGUAAAUAUGUAUUCGAAAACGGAAGUUUUGUAUGUCAAUAUGCAAUAAAUGCGAUAGAGAAUGUGA